AUGGCAUUACUUGAUGUUCUAUUUGAAACAUAUACCAUGGCAAAACCCUAAUAAGUAAUCCUUUCCCAUAUAUUGUUGAUAAUCUUACACAAGUAUUAGUAGAAUAUUAUUCUAAGGCUACUGUUGGAGAUUCGAAAGACAUGUAAGAAUGUUUCUUAUAAUAUUAUCAAAAAUAUAGUGCAAAUAAAAUGAAUUGCAAAAAAAAACUACCUAACUUAAAAAAUCAUGAUAUGAAAUUCAUAGAAUAAAAUAGACAAGCCAUUCCUGAUAUGAAAUAUUAAAAAUCCAUUGAAAUCAAAGCGUUAACUAACAGAUAAUUACAAUAGAGAAAUGUAGAAAUUGUUUAAUGA